AUGGCAAAUGGAGAGGAGGCCGUGGCUAAGGUCGUCAAGCAAUCCAGAUGCGUCACCUGCAUCGAGUUUUUCGGCCCGGAUCACUGCUACCAGGUAUCAUGCGAGCACUUCUACUGCAACGGCUGCCUCGACGAUCUCUUCAGGAGCUGUCUGGUGGACGUCAGUCUCUACCCUCCACGCUGCUGUCGUGAGACCAUCUCAUUCGACGAAAUCAAGACCCUUCUAUCUCUGAACAUCAGAGCGGAUUUCCUGGUCAAGAAAGAGGAGCUUGACGACGACAAGAAGCUUUACUGCAAGGAACCGCGCUGCUCUGCAUACAUCCCUCAUGGCAACCGCACUCCCAUCUCUGGAACCUGCCCAGCAUGCACGACCACUCGUUGCAUCUCCUGCGAAGAGGCUCCACACGAGGGGACUUGCGAGGAGAAGAAGGAGUCACAAGAGGUCCACGAGCUUGCCGAGAAGGAAGGCUGGCGCAGCUGCCCAGCAUGCAGCGCCCUGAUCGAGCUGACCAUUGGCUGUAACCACAUGACGUGCCGCUGCAGCGCUCAAUUCUGCUACAUUUGUCGCCUGCGCUGGAAGACGUGUACCUGUCCGCAAUGGGACGAGAAUCGCUUGAUGGCCAGAGCUCACGAUGUGGCUCAUCAUGAGGACCCGUUUGCAGGCGCCGAUGCUGUCGCGGCCGCUGCUCGAAACCCGAGAGAGCGCCCCGAGUGUGACCAUGAUAGCUGGGCUAGGAUCAAUGAAAGUGGACUGCAGAGUGAGGAGUGCCGCGACCAUCUGCCUAGGUACAUCUACCGCUGCAGGCAAUGCGCUAUCCAAGCGUGCUCCCGCUGUCGGUUGAACCGCCUCUAG